CAAUAUCACAUAUACUAAAGCUAUUAAUUAAUAAUAUAGUUGGAAUCAAUCUUUUACCAAUAGAUAUAAAAGAACUCGAUUAUUAAAUCAAUAUUAAUACUAUCGUAAAUAAACAAGCAAGCAAAAAAUCAAAUAAUAUUGAAUAAAAUGUAAUAUAAGAAGCUACUAUUUUAAGCUUUUUUUUUUUUUAAGUUCAUCUUUCACGCAAUUGUGAAUGCUAACUCACUUGUUACUCCUCAAUCAGUUCAAACAUACUAGUUCUUCUAUGGCUCUGCAGAUUUUACUUAAUAGAUUUACACGUAAACUAAUUUCUAGAUCUUAAGAGAGUAUGUUUACAGCUCUCUUACUAACUACACUUAAAUCACUACAAAAUAAUGUGGCAAUUACUUGCAUUUCUUAAUGUCUGAUAGUCUUUUAGACUUAUAAUUUGUCAAGUUAAAUAUGAAUUUACCUAAUCAUCAAUGGAUUUAAGUUUAGUUAAACUUCUACAAAACAGGUUAAUGGGGAACAGAAGACUUUUCUGUCAUUGUUGACCAAGCUGAGAAUACUUACUAAUAUCAAAAUGAUUAAAGUAUUACCUGUCAAGAUUGGUAAAACUAUACUUUGUAAUAAGUUUCUUACUAGACUAGCCACACCUCCAACUCAUUGACUAUUGUUGUUAAAUCUAAGGCUAAUAUUGAUAUAAGGAAAUGGUCAAUCGGAUAAAUAUAAAUCCAAGCAUUUAUUUGUCCAAGUAAUUCCUACUUUGACCAAAGUCUACAAUGUUUUUCAUGCAUAGAGGGAUGCAAAUCUUGCUUUAAUAGCAAUUAUUGUGACUAAUGUUAAGAUGGAUAUUACUUGUAAAGUACUAAUCAUUCUUGUGUAAAAAAUUGUAAUGACAAUUAAUAUUUGGACAGUUCUAAAAUAUGCCAAAACUGCCCAUCAGGAUGCUCAACAUGCAAUUAAUUAAUAUGUAUAUCAUGCCAAGAUGUUGAUAAAGAUCCCUCAUAGAAUUGUUAAGUGUGUAAUAAAGAUUUGAAACUAACAUCAUCAAAUACUUGUGCUUCAUGUAGUAUACCUAAUUGUCUAUAAUAUGAUACAAAUUCUAUAAAGUGCUCUUGUAAGUUAUAUUCUCCUCAAUAUAUGUGCUAAGUUACUUAGAUUAAUAACUGUUCAUAAUAGAACUACAUUGAUGGAUAGUGCAUUUGCUAAGUCUGUAAGUCAGAUACUUUUAUGUAUAAUGGGCAAUGUAGAUAGACAUGUCCUCAAGGUUAUGGCUAGAAUAGAUAAACUAUGACUUGUGAUAGAUGCUAAAUAUCAGGUUGUUAAUAUUGUUCAUAAAAUUAUUAGUAAUGUUAAGUAUGCAGCAGUGGAUAUCUUUAUUAUUAAGAUACUAACAAGUGUUAAUAUUAAUAAUCCUGCUCAGAUUCUUAUUACUUAUCUAAUAAUUAGUGCAUUAAAUGCUAAAGUUCUUGCUAAACAUGUGAUAGAUAUGAUACUUGUACUUAAUGUUAAUAAGGUCUUAUUUAAAUGAGUUACUAUUUGCCAAAUUUAAAAAUACCACAAUAAUAUUCUUGCUUUGAUGAUACUAAAACUGAAUUUUUGCAAGUUUGCAGUUAGAAACUUACUGUAUUUUAUCCUGACUAAAGAGUUACUCCAAUUUAUUAUGAAAUACAAUCUUAAAAAACUUGUGCCACCCAAUGCCCUGGUGGUUAUGGAUAUAAUUCAAUUUACUAAACAUGUAAUCAAUGUAUAGAUAAAUGCUAAAGCUGCUAAAGUAAUUGGAAGAUAUGCGACUAUUGCCAAUCAAAUUACUAUAUUUAUAAUAAUAAUAAUAAUGUAUACUAAUGCGUAGAUAACUGCAUAAAUGGUUACUAUAUUUAUUAAUUAUGGUGCGUAUAAAACUGUCCAGUAGGAUAUGGUAGUAAUUUAUAUCCUAAUGGUAAAAAUGAAUGCCUUCAAUGUACUGAUACUAAUUGCUAGACAUGUGAUAGUUAAUAAGUAUGUACAUAAUGUUUUGAUCCUAAAAAAUUAUUAGACAAAUCGACAAACUAAUGUGUAGAUAGCUGUCCUUCAAAUUAUUUUUACUAAUAUAGCUCUUAAAGAUGUAUUAAAUGUUCUUCUAAUUGCAGCGAGUGCGAUAAAUUGGAAAAUAAUUGCACUUCUUGCCCAAGAGGAUUACAACUUUUUUAUGACUAAACAAAUAAUGCAGCAGCAUGCGUUGAAACGUGUCCAUCUUAAUACUAUGGAUUUUAAGGUUAGUGUAAGUCUUGUCCUUAAAACUGUUAAAUAUGUGACAGUAAUGGAGUUUGCUAACAAUGCUAGAAAUCCUUUAUGAUCUAUAAUUAAAACUGUGUCUCCUGCCCAAAUUAGGAUAUCCUCAUAGAUAACUAAUGUUAAUACUGCAAAGAUAAACUCUUAAGGAUAGAAGAUGGAACAUGUAUAGUAAAUUAAGAUUGUGGAGUAGGAUAUUUUAUUGAAAAUGGUAUUUGUAAAUAAUGUGGUUUGUAGAAUGAAAAUUGUUCUUCAAUUAACUCACAAGAAGAAAUUAAUAAAUGCUCGUAAUAUUAAAAUGGCCAAGGAAAGUGUUAAUAAUGCUCUGCAGUAGCUACUUAUUUUAAUUAAGGUUGGUGUCUACCUUGCCCUGAAGGGUGCUCAUCUUGUAAUUAAUAAGGUUAAUGCUUUUAAUGUUCCUCUGAUGAUUAUUGCUAUAUAUAAAGCUUACAAAUUUGUAGAAAGAUAACUACAGAUCUAAGUUGCAAAGAUAUGAACCAAUAAAAAUGCACUUAAAUAAAUGAUCAAAAUCAUGGUUAUUGUCUUAAAUGCAGUGACGUUUCUCUCAAUCAAUGUGUAGUAUGCGAUACCAAUAGCUUCUUGUUUAACUCAGAAUGCUUACUAAAAUGCCCUACUUCUUAUUUUGGAGACAGAAAUAUUUACGAAUAAAAAUAUAUUUAUUCAGGUGUUUGUAGACCAUUCUGCCUCAAGUCAUAUAUCCACGAUUCAUCAGAAUAUUGCUUUUAUUGCCCAAGCUCUUGUGAUUGCUAGUUGUUAACAGAUAGUACUAAAAUAAGUCAAUUAAACCAAAACUAUUAAUGUACUUAAUGCAAUUCUGGUUACUAUAAAAUAUACAUAUCAUCGACAUACAGUGAUAUUUUUAAUUGCGUUGAAAAUUGCCCUAUAAAUUAUUAUCUUGAUUCUGAUAAAAAAUAAUGCAUUAAAUGUAGUUAAGGCUGCUUAACCUGUACAAACGGCUCGACCUGUACUGAAUGUGGUGCUGGAACCUGUACUGUAUGUAGUGCUGGAUAUUUCUUUUAACCUCUAAAUAAUACCUGUGUAUUUGAUUGCGAGCCUGGAUAAUAUAAAGAUAACCAAUUAAAAAAAUGUGUCAAUUGUGGUAACAACUGCCUUUAAUGUUAUUCUUAAACCUAUUGCUAUUAGUGCGAUAGUAAAUCCUACAGAAGCGGAAACGAUUGCGUAACCAAAUGCAACCAAGGUGAAUAUCCUGAUAAUACUAAUGGACUACAAUGUAAACCCUGUGUAAUUAGUAACUGUAAAUCUUGUGUAAGCUAAUCUACAUGUGAAGUUUGUAAUGAUUCCACCUAUUUAUAAGAUUAGGGAUAAAAAUGUGUUUCCUAAUGCUCAGAUGGAUAUUCAAAAGUUUUGAUUUCAGGUGUUUAUAAAUGCAUUAAAGAUUGUGGAUAGAGCUAAUAUUUACCCAUAAAUUCUGAAGUUUGUACUCCCUGCCCCACAGGAUGUUUAUAAUGCAAUAACCAAGGUUUUUGCAGUUAAUGCAAAUAAGGAUUUAAAUAUGACAGUGUUAAUAGUAUUUGCUAACAAUGUUCUGAUAUCCAUUGUUUAAAUUGUGAUAUUAAUGCUUAAUAAUGUCAAUCAUGCUAAUUUGGGUAUUUUUACAACAAAGACAUAAGAAAAUGCAUUACACAGUGUUAGAAUGGAUAUUAUUAUGAUAUUGCUAACAGUUCAUGUAUUUAAUGCCCAAAAAAUUGCAAAUCUUGUGUGAAUAAAGAUAUUUGUUCUAGCUGCGAAAAAGGUUUUUUUAUAGACUAAAAUAAUCAGUGUUCUUAAUGUAGCGAUAGUUGUUCAUCAUGCUCAAAUAGCUCUGAAAAUUGCCAAUCUUGUAAAUCUGAUUAUUAAUUAAUAAACAAUAAAUGUGUAAUUUAAUGUGACCUUUCCUGUUUGAAGUGUUCUGGGAGUGGAAUUUCUUAAUGCCUUUCUUGUAAUAGCUCUAGAUUUCUCUAUCUCGGUAGGUGUAUUUGCAAAGAGGGAUUUGUUGAGAAUGGUUCACCUUACUGCUAAUAAGAUACUACUUCAAAUGAAGGAAUAAAGUCUUUAUAAAAUAGCAUGGCCGGUAUGUCAGCUGCUUUGAUAACGACAGGCAUACCUUUCCCAACUGGAAUUAAAUGCUUGGAAAUAUCAUCUAUGGUUAGCUAUCUUACUUAUUCGAAUGCCAAGUACGAAGGAAAGGUGGAUUAAUACCUAUAAAUUCUCUAUAAUGAUAAUAUAUCUCCCUUAAUCCCUAAUUAUAUUUUAUCUAUAUUCCCUACUAUUGAUUAAAAUCAUUAAUAGAAUAGUACUCAAAGAUAUUAAGAUAAAAGAAACAGAGUACUUGAACAAAUGGUUGAUGUAAAUGAACAAUAUUAAUCUGACUAUAGGUUUAUGAAGAAUUCUAAGACAAUAAAUUAUCUAAUUAACAUAGCACCUUUGCUAACAAUAUACGCUAUCUUUGGGUUUGUUCUUUUAGUGAAGCAUAUUCUAUUUAGAUUUACAAAUCUAAGUCAAAGUACUUCAAAAAUAGUCACUUUUAUCAAGUUUAAUUUAAGACACACAAUAUUCCUUUUAAUAUUCUAUCUUUCUUAUUAAGAGCUUUUACUAAUAACUCUUUUGCAAAUUUCUUCUAUGUUUUAAGGAGGUGCACUAAACAUUAUUAGUUCUCUAAUUUCAAUAAUUAGCAUAAUUGUUAUAGUAUUCAUGAUUUAUUUGAUUACUAAAAUAAUUCUAUUUACAUCAUAUAUCACAUUCAAAGAAAAAUCAGAAAAGUAUGGUCCGCUAUUUUAUGGAUUGAAAGAAAGCAAGCUUGCUCAUAUCUUUUUAUUAGUAAGAAUAGUUUAAAAAACUCUCAUUUGUAUAAUUACUGUUUAUGGUGGAAAUUCAAAUCUCUGUUUAUCCUUUUUAAUUAUAACAUCUGUUGCUUUAGUAUAUGAAAUUGCUGUUAGACCCUUCAAAGCUAUAAUAACUGCUAUAGUAAGUAUAACACUGAAUGGGCUUUAUUUUUUGAUUGUUUUAUUUGCAUACAUGAUUGAAAAAAAUCAAGAUGAUUCAACAAUUAAAAGCUAGUAUUCAAGCCACUUAGAAAAAGCUCUCCUCGCAUUUAUAAUACUAAAAAACUCUGCUAUAUUAAUUGAGUUUAUCCUAUUUAUCAUAAUUAUUAUUAGAAGAUUUAGAUCUAAAACAGGGGUUUUAAAUGAUUCUAAAGAAUCAUCAAAUAGAAGCUUUGAUUUAGAAAGCUCCUUAUAAAAAGAGAUUUAAUGGAGAGAUAAUGCACUCAAAUAAAAACAGUAAAUUUCGAAAAUGAAGACAAGAAAUAUACAGAAUGAAAAUAGCUUUGAUACAAAUACCUCAAAUAAUAUUGGUUAAUCAGAUUAAUUGUGA